ACAUGCGUAUGCACACUGCAUACAAUGCUCUUUCAAGGUCAGAUCUUGAGGUAAUCUUCGAAACAAAUGCAUUUGCACAGAUGAACAAACUAAUGCUGCUCCAACUUAGUCAUGUACAACUUGAAGGAAACUAUCAAGAAUUUCCAAAAGGGCUAAGAUGGUUGAGUUGGCAUCAAUCUCAGUUGGAAUUUUUACCCAAUGAUUUUUCAUUGAAGAGUUUGGUUGUUCUUGAAAUGUGCUAUAGCAGCUUGAAACGAUUUUGGAAUCAUACAGCUGAGUAUCUCCCAACAAUGAAGAUCCUAAAUCUCAGCCAUUCCCAUAGUCUUGAAGAAACCCCUGACUUUUCGUUUGUUCCAAAUCUAGAGGUUCUGAUUCUGAAAGAUUGUCCAAGCUUGAUUGAUGUUCAUGAAACCAUUGGAAACCUGGAGAAACUCAGUGAGUUGAAUAUGGAAGAUUGCAAAAACGUUAGGAAGUUGCCGAACAUUUCUGGGCUAAAAUUCCUUAAAAUACUUAUUAUUUCUGGCUGCUCAAAUCUUAAUGAUUUUCCAAUGGACAUGAGGAACAUGAAAUCUUUAAAAGUAUUUCAGGCGGAUGGCGUUCCAAUUCAUCAAUUGCUCCAUACCACAGCGGAUCCAGAGGUUGUACUAGGGCAAAAAAGUAUUCCAGAAUUGUUUUGGACUUCUUAUUUGCCAAGCAACUUAGUAGAUUUAAGUAUUGCAAAUUGCAAUCUUUCUGAUGAUGAUUUUCCUGGGGCAUUUCAAAACCUAUACGCAUUGCAAAAGUUAGACCUAAGCGGUAACCCAAUUUGCAGCCUACCAGAUGGUAUUAGAGGUCUAACGAGGCUCUAUACACUUUCUUUUUCUCAAUGCACAAGGCUCAAAUACCUUGUGAGGCUACCUAGGGUUGGAUAGUAUUGUAAUAUCCGGAUGCACCUCACUGGAGAAAAUAUCGUAUCAAUCAAUUUCGUACCGACCCACCCGCUUCGUCAUCGGAUCCAACUGGAACCUAGCUCUGCUUCAGGGCUGCUUCAAAUUUGAACCCAUUGAUGCAUUUGGCGAUGCAGAAAUGAUCAACCUUUUGGGCUUAACCAACUGGGCAGCCAUGCGAAUAAUUAUGGACACUACACAUGAUGCGCUUGUCAAUGCUACGACUGAUGAGACGAGGAAGCAACCCAUCAAGGGACUGUAUGAAAAUGGUAUAUUCAGCGCAUUUCUUCCUGGGGACCUGGUUCCAAAACAAUUCACCCAUUAUAUGGAUGGCCCCUCAGUAUCUUACACCGUGCCUUUACUUCCCAACCUCAAGAUCAGAGGCUUGAACGUCUUCGCGGUCUAUACAAAAUCCGACACUCCUUCUAGGUACAGUCAGGGGCGGAGCCACACUGGUCCCAGUGUGGUCACG